UGUUGAAAUAGUUCAGAUUUUACUUGCUCCUGUCAUUGGUCUACAGACAAUUAACAAGUUGAAAACACUCAUUGAACAGCACUUGAAGCACAUGAAAACCCUUUUUCCAGAUAACAACAUCACACCUAAACAGCAUUAUUUGAUUCACACACCAUCCCAAAUUAAACUUUUAGGACCAGUGGUUCGUCAUAUGUGCAUGAGAUUUGAAUCAAAACACUGCUUUUUUAAACAAUGGGCAUCAAAAAUAAAUUUUAAAAAUGUUUGCAAGUCUCUAAUAAGGCAUAAUCAAAUGUAUGAAUGUUGUAAAAAUGUGAAUAAUUUUGAUCACCCCAUUUUUUCWAACGAAUGCACAUUAGGACCAACAUCAGAAAUAAGCAACAUGUCAUACUUAAAAGAAAAGAUGAGGGUCUUCGUUGGAAAUGAUGAGGUAAARCAUGCAGUGAGUGUUAAAUGGCUAAAUCUAAAUGGUAACAAAUACAUGAAGGAAAAGUCAUUAAUUGUGAGUGCUAUUGAUGCUAGUGGUUUACCUGUAUUUGGGRUUGUGAGAAAUAUCUAUGUGAUCAAUUCAUCUUUUUAUUGUUUUGAAUUYCAACAGCACAACACCAUUUGUUAUGACAGAGCUUACAUGUCAUAUAGGAUAGAGAUUCCAAACAUGGCACAAGCAACAGAACUGAUAUCGGCUGAUAAUGUAAUAGAUUUCACUCCAUACUACAGUUUUACACACAAAGGUAUGACCUAUGCUAUUAUGAAAUAUUACCUGGGUGAUGUAAUUGGACUACACACGAGCUUGCAUGAUGCAUUAUAAAAUGUACUGUUUUACAUGGAUGGACACUAUCGUCAGGUUAUUGUUUCAGACAGUUUAGCAGCAAUUUUGYAACUUAAGUUGUUGCCUUUUCUAGCACUGAGUUUUUAUUGUACAUGGCUGUUUGUCAUAGUGAAGUAAAAGAAAUUCUAAAAGUGUUAAUCUGCUUGAUCAAGUYAAAUAUGAUCUGUAUGAUGUUUUUCUAAAUGAGGCUUGCUUAACAGUGUUUCAUAUUUAGUAUGUUCUGUGAGUCUUGCAGCUUUUAUUAAUGUAAGACUGCAUGUUGUGUAAAGCAUUAUGAUAUAAAAUUUGUGUAAUUAAAUACAUUUCUUAAAUUAA